ACCAUGCAAGAGGCUGGCCAGGGGGUGCAACCUCAUAUAAGCCGCUUUUCAGUAGCAUCCAUCAUCCGGACGUUCAGAAGAGAGAAUAGGUAAGAAACACUACGAUGACAGGAAAACACUAGUUUGAAUCCUUAUCAGGAGCAUAGUGUUCUUGUAUUUACUGUCUAACUAUUUUACAUUGUACUUUAUUUUUAUAUUUUGCAGAACUGAAAGAUUACCCCAGGGUGGUGGGAGGGAGCGUAUGUUUACAAGCGGAGCAGGAGACGGCGAUAGUAAACAUGGUUCUGGCGAAUAAUGCAUUAACCAUAAAACAAAUAAGAACUGCCAUUAUUGAUGACCAGGCCAUGUUCCACAACAUUGCCACUGUAAGCAUAGCUACAGUGGACCGUGUGUUAAGGCGGAACGAGCUGAGAAUGAAGCAGGUCUACCGGGUGCCAUUCGAACGGAACUCCGAAAGGGUUAAACAAAUACGCCAUGACUAUGUGCAGAGACUUCUUGAGCUGGAGGCAACGGAAGAGGUCCAUAACUUCAUCUUUAUAGAUGAAGUUGGUUUCAACCUCUGUAAAAGUAGACGUCGGGCGAGAAAUAUUAUCGGCCAGCGUGCAAUUUUACAUGUCCCUGGCCAGCGGGGAGGGAAUAUCACUCUUUGUGCUGCCAUCAAUCACCACGGCAUCCUCCAUCACCACUCAAUCCUUGGCCCCUACAACACUGCACGUCUCCUCACAUUCCUGGACACACUCCACAACACGGUAAUACCACCAGACCAGCCAGAUAAUGCAGAGCAGCCCAGGUACGUUGUUAUCUGGGACAACGUAAGUUUCCACCGGGCUGCUCUGGUGCGCACCUGGUUCACCAACCACCCACGGUUCCUGGCACUUCCCCUCCCACCAUACUCUCCCUUUCUAAAUGCAAUAGAAGAGUUCUUCUCUGCAUGGAGGUGGAAAGUGUAUGCACGUAAUCCUCAAUCGCAGAUCCCCCUAAUACAGGCCAUGGAGGAGGCAUGUGGGGAUAUCGCGCCAGAGGCAUUCCAGGGCUGGAUUCGCCACACCAGGCGAUACUUCCCCCGCUGCUUGGCCAGGGAGAAUAUUGCCUGCGACGUUGAUGAGGUCCUGUGGCCAGACAAGAACCGACGACAGGAUGAAGCCUAA